GGGAUGAGCAUUAGUUGUACAUGCUCUUCUUUUUGGUCCAAUAUAUUUAAAAGCUCCUCUUCAUCCUUGUAAUGGUCAGUCAUUGACGGGGACCUUUAAGAUAAAUGGGAUAGCCUAAAAGGAUCGGCCUCCAGACUUUGAGAUCAAAUACAACUUAUAAUUCUUAGAAUUUGAAGUUUUUAUUGUAAUUUUUCAUCAUUUUUAUUGAGAUGUAUUGUUCGAUCAUGUCCAACUUAGUGACCCAUGGUUUCUCCAAGGUCACCUGCUCAAGAUGUGUUGUUUGAUCAAUCCCUUUGAAACCUGUUUCGCAGAAACCUAUCCUUUCACUGCCAACCUUGCCUCCUCCCCCUGUAGUCUGGGUUGCUGCCAAUGUAGCUGUUGCCGAUGACACUAAAAAGACCUCUCUUGCUCAUUUGCCCUCCCCUUUUCCACCUUCUCUCUCUCCUGCUCUCUAAGUUGGAUAGUGGAAAUCUUGUUGUUAGUAGAACCAUUUUAAUUUGAUUGUCCUCUGCAUAUGUGGAAAGUAUCUUUACACUCAUGUUAAGUUUUAUUUCACCUCUUAUUUUUGUAUCACAACCAUGCUUUCUAGAUUUUUAUCUGUGAUUUCAUAUUCUCCAUCAGUCAGGCUUUCCAUUUCCAUUGGCAUUCAUUGGUUAUUCGAGCAUGAAUUGCUGUUGAACAUCACAGAGUUGAUCUCUGUUGUUGCACAUGUGCGUGCCCCAUGCAUCCGAGUAACAAGCCUAAUGGUUUUUCACUCUUUAGUUUAGAGACUACCUUUUUUCUUUAUCUUUAUGAAAUUAAGAAAUGUUCACAACUAAACCUCCCUUUGGUGUUGGAAAGUUAAAUUUUCCUCUGUGGAUAUUGGACACUGAACCUUUAAUGUGGCAUCAUGAAAUUGCGUAGUCAUGGUGGUAUGCUCAUUUGUAGUGAUUUGGAUAGUUCUUUUGAUCUAAUUAUUUCAGGAAGCCAUUUUACUUUCUCACUCUCGUAAUCUUGUAAAAUUUUGCUCGUAGCAGUUACCUAAUCCACUGUCUGAUUUGGUCGUUCAUGUGUGUGUACUUGCAGAGAUAAAACAUAAGCAGGAUAGAGAAUUUAACAUGGAUGAACCUACCAUGGAGGAAAAGCUUUCAAGCUUAGGCAUGCUUAAUGAUGAGAGAUUAGAUACCAGAGCUAUACCAGAGCCAGCUGUCACUGUUGAGCUCCCAAGGGCAGAUUCAUUGCAUAUUUUGUUGAGGCAAGCCCUACAUGCUGAAGAUCAGGCAUUACUAUUGGACUGUUUAUAUACAAGGGAUGAAAAGGUUAUUGCAAAGUCAAUAGCGCUCCUGAAUCCAGCUAAUGUUGUCAAGCUUCUGAAAUGCCUUCUAUUCAUGGCCGAGUCAAGGGGUGCUGUAUUGGUUUGUGCACUUCCGUGGAUAAGAAUCUUGCUUUGCCAACAAGCAAGCAGUAUAAUGUCACAGGAAUCAUCCAUCCGCAUUCUCAAUUCUUUAUACCAGCUAAUUGAUUCAAGGAUUUCAACAUUUGGAGCAGCUUUGCAGCUAUCAUCCUGUUUAGAUCACCUGUUUCCUAGGAUUGCUGAUGAAGCUGAUGAUGGAGGGGCAGACCAACCCAUUAUAUAUGAGAACAGUGAUAGUGAAGAAUCUGAAGACGCAAUGGAGACUGAUGAAGGCAGUGAAGGACUCAGCGAUGUCACUGAUGCUCAUGGUUCUGAUUUGAGUGAUGUCAUGAGUGAUGAUGAUGGUGGCCAUUAGGGAGUGAAGUCUAUAGUUUCAUGCAUAGUCAACCCAACUCGUCAUCUUUUUCACUUAUGGCCUAACUUGAGAUAGACUGAAAGCUUUAGUGGCAAAUGCAGGGGGGUGAAACAAAAUCCUGUUUGUUCCCACAGCCCAACAUGCAAGACUUCAAAUCUGUCGGUCUGCUGAAAAUUCGCCCGUUUAGAUCGAUGCCGAGAAACUUUGAGGAAGCCGCUUUAUUAAAGCUUGUCGCCUACAGCAAGAUUAUAAUCAUAAAAAUUUGCUACAUGUUUGUCCAAACAAGUAGCGGCCUGUAACUUGAUUCUUCACUAGUCUUUAUGUAAACUUUAUUGGCAAUCUAAUACGUUGAAUGGGUUGAAAUGUUGGAGAAUUCA